GGUUCUCCACCUUCUAGGGCCGGAUAACCACGCGUUCCCUCGGGCCCUCUGCGAAAAGCUGAAUUGCUAACUAAGGGAACGAAGAUCAACUUCUGCCCUAGAGGUAUUCAGGGGUUUGUUUACACCCCCAUGAACGCUGCUGCUUUCCAUAUCAGAAGGGGAAAGCGCUAGAGGUAGUUAUGUACCUGUGCGCUACCAUAGAAGCUUUCUACGAUAAGGCACAGGGGCGCCUGCCCGUUUCUAGCGCUACAAGGGCAGCUACCCCACCAACGCCCAGUGACGUUGUCCCUUCUCACUGGAGGGGACGAGGGAUGAGGUGUGCAGUGGUGCCGACCCCAACUGAACCCGACAAUCGCGUCCCAAAAGGAGGUCGACUUUGCGAUUCGAACUGAUUCCAGACCUCACUCCUCCGUUCGUUCGGGCGCCCCUGACACAACAGCACACCUGCGCAGUUCACCUCGACCCGUUCGGUGGAACGCCAUAUCUAAUCUCUUCCGAAACAACAACCAUCAUCGUAAUACCAAAAGCGCAAAGUGCCAAAGCUCCAACAUCAAUAAUCAUGUCUACCGCAGUCAUAAAUGCCGACGAUGACCACAUGGAGCCCACGCUCCAGUCGAUUCUCGACCAGCGCUCGCUGCGCUGGAUUUUCGUCGGCGGCAAGGGUGGUGUCGGCAAGACGACAACCUCGUGCAGUCUGGCCAUCCAGCUGGCCAAGGUCCGCCGUUCGGUCUUGCUCAUCUCGACCGACCCCGCCCACAAUCUCAGUGAUGCCUUUAGCCAAAAGUUUGGCAAGGAGGCGCGUCUGAUCGAUGGUUUCGACAACCUGAGCGCUAUGGAGAUUGACCCCAACGGUAGCAUCCAGGAUCUCCUGGCUGGCCAGGGCGAGAAUGAGGGUGCUGGUGAUAUGGGUGGUGUGGGUGGCAUGAUGCAGGAUUUGGCGUUUGCGAUUCCCGGUAUCGAUGAAGCCAUGUCCUUCGCCGAAGUUCUCAAGCAAGUCAAGUCGCUCUCGUACGAGACCAUCAUCUUCGACACGGCACCGACCGGCCACACGCUGCGCUUCCUGCAGUUUCCCUCGGUCCUCGAGAAGGCUCUGGCCAAGGUCUCGCAGCUGUCUUCGCAAUACGGCCCCUUGCUCAACGGCUUCCUUGGCUCCAACGGCACGCUGCCCAACGGCCAGAACCUGAACGAGAUGAUGGAGAAGCUCGAGACAUUGCGGGCCACCAUUUCAGAGGUGAACACACAGUUCAAGGAUGAGCGCCUGACCACGUUCGUGUGCGUGUGCAUCCCCGAAUUCCUGUCGCUGUACGAGACGGAGCGCAUGAUCCAGGAGCUGGCCAGCUAUGGGAUCGACACCCACAGCAUCGUGGUCAACCAGCUCCUGUUUCCCAAGCCCGGGUCAGACUGCGAGCAGUGCACAGCCCGCAGGAAGAUGCAAAAGAAGUACCUGGAUCAGAUCGAGGAGCUGUACGACGAGUUCAACGUUGUCAAGAUGCCGCUGCUCGUGGAGGAGGUCCGUGGUAAGGAGAAACUGGAGAAGUUUAGCGAAAUGUUGGUUAAGCCGUUUGUGCCGCCACAAUAGGAGGCAUGGUAAUAUAAAAGGUGUAAUAAUGAUAAUACAAGAAUUUUCCCGUCAUUUUGGCCUGGUCCAUAACCAGAGAA